CUGCUGGUUGGUCCUUACAGAGUUUGAGUUUUUUUGCUAGCCCUGUGUGGAUUCAAGAUGGCGGAAUUGCGGUGGUGUGAAAAGAAGACUGGUUGUUGAAUGGCUGUAGCUUUAUUGUUCUCGAAAUGUUCAUGUCCGCAAUUGAAGUAUCAAUAAAGCGCUUCAGUUGUCAAUGAGGGAAAUAACAGAAAGGAGCGAGUCUUAAUGAAAAAUGUGACACAUCUAUUGGGUGAAAACUAGAAUAAUGGAGCUCCCAAACUACAGCAAGAAGCUUCUCCAGCAGCUGCAUUUGCUGCAGAAGAAACAGCAGUUCAGUGACUGCACCAUUCUCAUUGGAGUCAGACAAUUCAAAGCACACAAGUUGGUCCUGGCCUCUUCCAGCUCACUUUUUAAAUCCCUGCUACAGAACACUGAAACCAUCUCAAUUGAUUCGGCAGUGGUUGGUCCAGAAGAGUUCACUUUACUGUUGGAAAUGAUGUACUCAGGGAAACUGCCACCAGGCAAAUACAAUUUCAGUAGACUUAUCUCUGCCGCAGACAGUUUGCAUAUGGUUGACAUGUCUACAAGCUGCAAAGAUAUUCUGGCUAAUCUGAUGGGUCAACAUGUGAUGAAAAGUGAUCAAGUUGUCCAGGUGAAUGUACUUACUCAUAAUGGCAUGAGCAAAGAUCAGACUGCUGAAUGUAGUUCUGCUGAAAACAGUGUUUCUCAUAUUCAACCUGUGCUGUCAGAAUCAUCUUUGACGACCCUGCCUUCCAAGCAAUCCACCCUCCUUGCAGUAGCAGAGAAUAGAUCACCUUCUCUUAAUUUGAACUCAGUUGAUUUAAGUACAGCAGAAAAAGACUAUGUAGUGACAGAAGAGGAACAGAUCAGUAACGUAGCUGAAGGGGAUGUUAUUACUGCUACUACAUUGAACUUUGGUUUUGCACCUAGAGAAAGAAAGGAGGAGGAGGAGGAAGAUGAGGAUACACCUGUCAGUAAACGAGGAAGGUUUACACUUGAAGCAACAGAAGAAAGAGAAAUUGGACAGGAUCUGGAAUUCCUCAUUCAACAUCAGAAGAGUGUGGCAGAAACUUUCAGAAACUCUCACGAUUUCUUGGAGAAAGUCAAGCAAAGCCUAGAUAUCUCCACAUCAGAAAAGCAGGCUAUUUUUGAAUGCUGUGAAGGAGGAGAUGAGCAAAAGUUUGAGAGGUUGUUGGAGAGAGCCAGAAGUGGCAAGAGUCUUACAGCUAGCACACUUCUAAGCUUGCUAGAUGUAUGCCAAGGCACAAAUGCCAAAAUAAGUGCUAUACUGGACAAACAAAAUACAUCUGAAUUAGAGGAGACAGGCAUGGCAGGUGCCCCCACUCUCUUGGAGGAUGAGGCCCUGGACAUUGAGAUCUUUCCACAACUGAGCCCAGCAUUAGAAGAUGUCUUGAAGAAGGCCUGUAUUUCUCCACUGAUUAUUGAGGCUUUGCCUAAGAAAGUGUUUGAGAAGUUUAAGGUUAUUUUUAGUUGCUGCAAAGGUGAGUCACACAGAGGUGCUAUCCAGAAGCUGCUGGAUCAAGUAGAGCAGGAGAAGGUACUGAGUCCAGAAAGUCUGCUGCAUUUGCUGCAUAGUGUUAAGGAGGCCUUUCCAGACCUGCAACUACUCUUGAAUCGAAUUGGAAAGCAAACAGUCCUACAUGGAGCAGAUAAAGCUGCAAACACUGCAGAGAUGUAUGAUUGGGCCACUCCUCUCUUGAGGGUAAAACAGGAUAGAGAAUGUUUUAAGACUGCUCUGUAUAGAAAGGAUUGCUGGAGAAAUAACCUAUUAACCUAUGACAGCAUGCACCCAAGAUUCACUUUUAGAAAUAUAGUGAAGGAGCAGGGUAGCAGAGUAUCCAGGUUAUGUACAGAAGAGACAGUGUUUGAAGCAGAGAUAGAAAAGUUGGAAAAACAUUUUAUGAACGGAGGUUAUAGUCAAACAUUAGUUCGUAAUGUGACUAGCCGCAAAGCGGAAUAUAGAAAAGGUAUGAUGGAUCUUUUGCUAAGAAGUAACCUAAGUCACGAUGAUACUGAAUGUAACAACAGUAUAGGUAGUGAAGUAUCAAAAACUAGAAUGAUAUUCACAUAUAGUAACAACAUUUAUGGGGUGUGUGACAUAAUAAAGAAAAAUUGGAACAUUUUAAAAACUGAUGAGAAAUUAGCAGGACUCGUAGGAGAUCAACCUAAUUUUGGUUUUAGAAGAAACAAGAACCUUAAGAAUAUAUUGGGACAAGAAAAAAUGAAUGAAAAGAAAAAACUUAUUAUUAAGGAAGGAAAAACCAAUAAUAUGUUUAAGGUAAUUGAAGAAAUUCUGAAGGGGACUGAAGACACUGAAGGUAUAGAUGUCCUGUUGUCAGCAGCACUGAAGAACCGCAUGUUAUCAUCGCUGUCUCUUUGGAAAUUUUUGCUGAGUUUGAGGGAGAUUGAGCCUGCACUGGCCAUGCUAUUUGAGGAGAUCAGAAAGGAGCCAGAAGCUGAGCAGCUCAUACAGGCAGUGACGGACAAAGAGAACAGAGCAGUAAAAAUUCUGAUGAGACAGAGGGAAUUGAUUACUGAUGCCAUUAAUGAUAUGGAUAUUUUCCUAGAGUGCCUAACUUCAGAAGCAGAAGGACUGCCGGAAUCUACAGUUGAGCUGAUAAAGGGUUGCUGUGACCAAAAAAGUCCCACUGAGUCAAUAAAGAAAAUUCUUCAUGAAAUCCUUGAAGAGAAAUCCAUCUCUGCUGUAAAGUUCUGUGCUGUGCUGUAUACCAUGGCUGAAUCAUUCCCAAACCUGCAGUCAGUUUGCCAGGCAAUGGAGUGUGCAGAACUAUUGAAGGAAACUGAUGAAGAUUUUGAGGAGGAAGAGAACAUGAAAGAGAAAAAGGUACUGGUAAGCAAUGAGGAAACAAUAAUUGAGAUUGAUGAAGGAGAGAUCUUUGAACCUGAAAAGACAGAAGGGAAUAUCGAUAAUAUUGAUGACCAGGAAUCACUGAAAACGUCCAUUUGUAGAAAAGGUCGAAGAGAUGCAUUAUCCUCAAAACAGAAUUAUUCUUGCAAAUUUUGCAACAAGAGUUUCACUUUCAACUGCAGACUGGAGGUGCACUUGAGGCGAUGCCGUACUGCAAACCAAAAACCAAUCACUUGUGAUGAGUGUGGAGAAUCAAAAGCCUCCAAGGCUGAUAUGGAAGCACACAGACUGGAGGUGCAUGGCACCACUCCUGUCAUAAAGUCAAAGAAGAAGAGGCUACCAGUGACUUGUAACAUAUGUGGGAAAGGAUUUGCUCAUCCUUCAGGUAUGCAGUAUCAUAAGCGGACGGAGCACUUUGAUGAAAAGCCUUUUUUCUGUCAAGAAUGUGGGGCUAAGUUUGCCGCCAACUCAACCUUGAAGAAUCACAUGAGGCUGCACACAGGCGAGAGACCCUACUUUUGUAAGCACUGUGACAUGACAUUCACACAAGCUGCUGCCCUUGCUUAUCACAACAAGAAGAAGCAUUCUGAAGGCAAGAUGUACGGAUGUCAGUACUGUGAUGCAGUCUUUGCUCAGUCAAUUGAGCUCACUCGUCACGUAAGAACACACACAGGAGACAAGCCAUAUGUCUGCAGAGAGUGUGGAAAAGGAUUUAGCCAGGCAAAUGGGCUGUCUGUACAUCUACGCACUUUCCACAAUAUUGAAGACCCUUAUGAUUGUCAGAAGUGUCGGAUGAGUUUUCCUACAAUGGAGGAACACAGGAAACAUAUUCAAGAGUUCCACUCCAAGGAAUACAACCCCUGCGAUACUUGCGGAAAGAUCUUUAGUGCUCCUUCGCUUCUAGAGAGACAUGUUGUCACCCACAUUGGAGGCAAACCGUACAAUUGUGACCUCUGUAAUAAAGCGUAUCAGCAAUUGUCAGGUUUAUGGUACCACAACCGAACACACCACCCUGAUAUUUUUGCAGCUCAGAAUCACCGUUCCCCUAAGUUCUCAUCAUUGCAGUGCCUUUCUUGUGAAAAGGGCUUCAGCACCAUCACAUCCCUCAAUAAACAUAUGAAGACUGAACACGCAGAUUUGAAGCUGUUAGAGUGUGGAAAAUGCAGUGAACUGUUCUCCACUCAAGCCUCCCUGGAAGUCCAUACUAAGUACAAGCACUCAGGUUCUCAACCCUUUCGCUGUAUGUAUUGUUCAGCCUCAUUUCGGUACCUUGGGGCCCUACAGCACCAUAUCAAUACAGAUCACUUUAGUGAGUCUGACAGCACUUAUGGCUGUGAAGUCUGUGGGGAGUUGUUCACCACUCAGCAGACACUUGAGAAACACUAUGAGACAGAACAUCACAGAGCAUUUAGUGAAGCACAGACAGCUGCUGAUAUUUCUACAGAGACUACACAAGUAGUACAGGUCAUCCAGACAUCGGAACAGGGAGCUUCAACAGAACAGCUGAUUACAUUGGGAGAUACCCAGCUUAGCACGUCCCAGCUGUUUGUGGCACUUCCCGAAUCUCAGAGUAGUCCUCCAGGUUCAGAGCUGGUAGCUGUCAAUAUGGAAGACCUUCUGGAUGGAACCGUGACUUUGAUCUGCAGAGAUGCACAGUAAACUGCCUAACUUGAUUGCAAUUUCUUCAGCUAAACACCUAAACCUCAUUUACAAGAAGCUUUCUAUCCAGUCAUUAACCAUGUUACAGACUACCUGAUUCAUAAGUGGUUAAGCUGUGUGAUAGUCUAUCCACAGUCACUUUGUUAUGAAUUGAUUGUUUCAUGACUCAUUAGACUGCAAAGGUUUCAUUGUAAUUAAUCAGAAGUCAUUGACAGUUGACACAGAUUUCAUUUGUUUUCUUGGUCUUUAUGUUCAUCAUGUUGCCUAAAAUUUCAGAUCAUAGUACAAGGAGGACUUUUUGCAGCAGGUACUAUUAUGUGGCCUAUUUUGCUUGCCUAUUCAUAACCUGACAAGCCAGUCCCUUCAGCAGUACACUCUCUUGUAAUGAAGGUGUAUCUUAUCCAGACAUCAAAACUGUACAUGUUUUUACCCAUGUAAACAGUUCAGACUCCAUGCUUGCUCGUAGCUGUUUUUCUUACUGCUCAGAGUUCAUACCUGUUGCUAAUAUUCUAAUAACUAUUUAUGUUCCUUUUUUUGAUAAUUAAACAAUAACAUUUAAAAUGAA